GGCGUCUGUAGUUUACUCUGCUGCGUUUCUCACCUGGGCUUGGUAUUGCGGCAGCCCGCUGGGAGUUGUGGGCCGGCGCCUCCCGGGGAAACUGCGCGGGCCUGGGCUGGAGGCUAAGCCCCCUCGUCAUGAGCACCCUCCGCGGGUUCGAGAGCGGGCGGCGAUCCUUGUUCCCGGGAGCCCCUACCUGGGUGCUCUUCGCUUGACCCUCACUGUGGUUGCUGGGCGUCGGCCUCCCAGAGUUCGCUUUCUUGAAUUCCUGAAACCUGACCACGUUUCCCAUCACUGGACCAUUUUCCUGCUGUCUAACCAUGCAUCGGAGAUCAAGAGGAAUUAAUACUGGACUCCUUCUGCUUUUUUCUCAAAUCUUCCAUGUUGGGGUCAGUAAUAUUCCACCUGUCACCCUAGCGACUUUGGCUGUCAACAUCUGGUUAUUCUUGAAUCCUCUGAAGCCACUGCAGAGCUCCUGCCUUAGCGUGGAAAAGUGUUACCAGCAAAAAGACUGGCAGCGUUUGUUGCUCUCUCCCCUUCACCAUGCUGAUGAUUGGCAUUUGUAUUUUAAUAUGGUCUCCAUGUUAUGGAAGGGAAUAAAUCUGGAGAGGAGACUGGGAAGCAGAUGGUUCGCCUAUGUACUCGCCACAUUUGUCCUGUUCACUGGGGUAGUGUAUUUGCUCUUACAAGUGGCUUGUGCCGAAUUUAUGGAUGAGCCUGACUUCAGGAGGAACUGUGCUGUCGGUUUCUCAGGAGUUUUGUUUGCCUUGAAAGUUCUUAACAACCAUUAUUGCCCUGGAGGCUUUGUCAACAUUUUGGGCUGUCCUGUACCUAACAAAUUGGCUUGUUGGGCAGAACUUUUGGCUAUUCAUUUCUUAUCACCAGGGACUUCCUUCGCGGGGCAUCUGGCUGGGAUCCUUGUUGGACUAAUGUACACUCGUGGGCCUCUGAAGAAAAUCAUGGAAACAUGUGCAGAUACUGUUUGUUCUACUACUGGGUACUCAAGACAGCCGUACUACUUUAACAGUUCAGGCUAUUCUGGAUAUCAGGAUCAUCAUCUGUAUGGCAGUCCAAGGUACAAUGGAGAAGCACUCAGAAACUACGACGCAUACACAGCGGGCCUAAGUGAAGAGGAGCAGUUAGAGAGAGCAUUGAGAGCCAGCCUCAGGGACCAAGACUACCUUGUGGGCUGCCAAGUCUGUGCCAUCAGGAGCGUUACCUAGCACACUCUGGAGAUUGGUCAGGAUCAUCAUUGGUGCAGUAUGUGACGUGGCGUCUCCGCCCUCGUGUCCAGCAACAUGGUCAGCUGGUAUGCCUCAGGCUACAGAAGCAAAUAAACCUGGUUCUUUCUAUUAAGGUAAAAAUAUUCUUUUCGGCGACCAGCAGGAGACUUAGUCAUCUGCUCCAGUUCAGCUAACCAAUGUACACUAUUAGAUUUAAGAAAAAAUAUUUACAAAAGCUUUGAUUCCAUUUAUAAGUAAGGAAGUGGGAAAAGUGGUUGAAGGGAGGAUAGUGGAAUGGGAAAUAUAAAAGCAUCAAGUUGUAUCGUGAACAGAUACAGAUUCUCUAUAAUGAAUGUGAUCAUUAUGUAAACCUAAAAUGUACUAAUAAGCUUAAUUAAUUAAAACAUUGGUUCAAGCUAAUUAAAAUUUCUAUUCAGAAAAAAAAAAAUUAGAAGCUUCCAGUGAGAUAACCACCUUGGUUGCCAUUAUGAUCCCAUACAGUUUAAGAAGUUAUAGAAUAUGAAGUUUACUAAUACCAUGAUUUGGAUACUCAAGUCACUUAGGCAGUUUUUAAUUCCUGACGUUAUUGAUAUGUACUUUCAUUGUUUCAUCAGAUUAAGUCUAACUGGAGACAGUCAUUACUAUAGGCCUGAUUCUAAAACUCUUGUUAUUUCUGUCAAAAUGUAUUAAUUUGGGAAAAAUACAUAUUUGUACAUUAAAAUUACCAUGGAACUUUUAUCCUUGUUGGCCAAAACAUUAAAGGUCUGAAUAAGUUUUUACUAUUAUCUAUGUAGUUGUACUAAAAAAAAGUACUUCUUUUUUAGUUGGAGGCCCCAGACUAUUUAAUAAACUUUAACAACUGAUUGUUUUCAAGAAAUAAAAUUAUACUUCAAUGCAAGUUUUCUAAUGCCUUUUUAAGCAUUAUAAGUAGACUUCAGAAGUAUAUAGAACACUUUUCCAAGCUGUACCUUAGCAUUUGUGUUCAAACUGUAGUCUUUCCGGUGUUCAUAAAGAGCCACAUUAUUAAACAUGUAACUUUCAGUAAGCAUUGGGGAGGGACAUACUCAUUUACCAUGAUCUUUUGCUGCAUUUGUUUGGAUACAUAUAUUAUAACAUCCACAUGAACCCUGUAGGCUUAUAAGAUUACAGUUCAUUAAAUUUUUUUUAAAUUAAAAAAAUAUUUAACUUAUUUUUAAAGUAGAUAAUGGAAAAUAUGACAGGCAGCACCAUUUUAAAAUAAAACUUUAAAUUUGCGUUUCUCUAAUGACUAUAAAUCCUGAACAUUUUUUCAUAUAUUUGUUGGCCAUUCAUGCUUCUGUGAAGGGUCUGUCCAUCUCACUUGCCCGUUUCUUGACUGGAUGUUUUAUUUUAGGUGGUCUAAACUUUUUUUUUGACCUCUUUAUAUAUUCUGGAUAGUAGUUCUCUGUCUGAGGAACAGCUGCGAAAUUUUUUUUCCAAAUGGGGAAAGGGGGAUUAGAGAGGAGGACGGAAGGGAGAAAUAGGGUGGGAAGAGAAGUAAAAAAAAAAGAAACAAGUUGUAUUACCCACUCUCCCAUGAUGUACCACUCUCCAAGAUGAUUGCAUUACAAACAUGUACUAACAAAUCAGUAAAGUAGAACCGUACUAUUCUAAACCUGAAAGUGAUGCUGGAGGCCAUCAGGUGUGACAAGUUGAUAUCACACAUGAGGAGACAGUCUGAGAAGACAGGGCUUCAUACCACUCACAGUCUACAUGUCUGUUAACUGGAGCCCUGCUUACUCUUGACAGUGGCUGCCUGGGAGUGCAGAUGCGAAGCAGGUGGGCUUCCUGACUCUGUCGUGAGGAGCCUGAGAGUCGGAACUUCCCUGAAGGCCCUAGAUGGGACUUCCAGGUUCUAGGGCUCCUCUGACCCCUGAACUUACAUGUCAGCCGUCAGCCUUGGGCAUGACUGCAGAUGGAUUCCCGGCCUUUCCCUUGCUGCCAGGGGCAAGUCUACCUCAUCCUGGGAGGUGAGAAAGAUAGGCGAUGAAGUAUGAAAAGGAAUUCUAACAGAUAAGUGCUGACACUGAGGUGCAGACUAAUUAGCACACAGAUCCACUUCUGUUUGCUGUGGGAGCAGGCAGUGCUGAGCUCUGGUUCUGGCAUUCCCAGAAUUCCAGGUGUCCCAGGGUGCACCAUGCUAAGAGCCUAAGACAGAUGAAGAUAGGUACCUGGCCACACCUGUUAUGAUCUUCUGAAGUUGGGGCAGCAUUUAUUGAUGUGGUUGUGAAAGUAAUACAUAUUCACUGUGGAAAUACAGAUCAGCAAAAAGAAGCCAAAAAAGUAAUCUGUAACCUGGCUGCCCAGAGAAAAAUUACUUCGCAGUUGAGAUGUGUAAAACAUUUUAGUGAAGUUGUUUCCAGACUGUGAGCAUUAAGUGGUCGUUAACUCUGCUAGGAAAUUCACAUAUCCACAUAGAACCCUAAUAAAAAGUAUUUUUAAUUAUCUUCAUUAUUUUAGACUGAGAAACAGAGGCACAGAAAAAUUAAGUGGGAAAUUCAAGGCUAGGUAGGCCAGAUGCCUCUCUUCCUGUUUGAGAUACUCUUCGUAAUACAAAGCACACCUUCUUCAGAAAAAGCACCUCUACGCUGUUGCUGAGUUGUUUAUGAAGAAGAGAUUAGUGUGAUUUUUUUGUAAUGUACACUUUUUAUAGUCAGCCCACAGAACUGAGCAAGAGGAUGUUUAUAUUUUUAGAGCUGGAUUGGUUAUUGUCGUGGUCUGGAAUAUAGAAAACUGAAAACUUUGUAGUACGUGCAUGUGGUCAUUAAGUCUUUGCUUAAAAAUAAAAUUCACAGUAUAUUCUUACAGAGAAAACAGUGACAUUCCUCUUACUUUGGUCCUCACUGUUACUGUGAAUUGCAUGUGGCUUGUCCCCGACAAAAUUCACACUGAAGUUUGAUUCCCAGUGUGACAUUAUUGCAAGGUGGGGGGCCUCUUAUAGAUGUUAGAUCAUUAAGCGGAUUAACAUGUUUCUAGUGGCAGUCUGUUUCUGCCCUUGGAGAACUGAUUAAUCACCAACAAGGUGAGUGUUAGAAAACAGGCUGCCCUUUGUGUUUGGAAUCCUCCGCCUAGGCCCUCUUGUCUUUCUGCUUUCCACCGUUGGGUGAAGCAUCAUUCAGUCUUCGCUGGUAGCAGGCUCUUGGACUUCCCAGUUUCUAAACUCUGAGGAACAGUAACCUCUGUCCUUUAUAAAUUCUCCAGCCUCAGAUGUUCCGUUGUAGCAACAGAAAACAGAUGAAAAUACUUGCUUGUCUGUGUUUGACUAUUUUUGAUUGGUUUGGGGAGUUUUUAAGCAAAAUAUUUGUGAUAGUAUUUUAAAAAUUGUGAAGCGAGUCUUUCUUAUUAGGAAGAAACACAAAAAGUUUUAUACAAAAAGCCCACUUUUAAGGUACCUCAUAGGUUACCUCCAAAAAUACUUAUCAAAGAUUGUCAUAAGUAAUCUGCCAUGCAUUGUUUAUUUUUACUCAGAGUUGUACACGUGUAAGAGUUUGAAAAUGCUAUUGGUUUUCGUUUGUCUUGUGACAGAGUCUUGCUGUGUUGCUCAGGCUGGUCUCAAACAGCAAGUGAGUUAUCCAGAGCACUGAAGUAUAGGUCACCAUGUCAGGCCUUAAAGUAGUAUUUUUAAUACCGAUAUAUUAGGAACAUUUGAAUUAAGAAUAUUGGCCUUAUUCAUUUAAACAAUUCAACAUGUCUUCAGUAGUAUAAAAAGACAUGAUUCAUAAAAAUAAUAUGCCUGCAUGAAGCAUACCUUAAGACAUCAUAAUUUUUGGCCCAGCUGUAUCUCUUAUUAUCCCGGUCAUUUGGUAAUAGCAGGCAUUCAUGUGAGAUUUUUAUUGUCAGGGGCUCUGCCUCUUUUACACAGCCUCACCAUCGCACCCCCCACCCACGUUACUGUGUUGUCUUUCUAGUGAGAGCAAAACCAAGGAAUCAGAUGUUGCUUUCUAUUUAUUAUAGAAUCACAAAUAGCAUUCUGAAUGGUCUUUCAUCACGUGGCAGUUCCCAAAGAAUUCAAAACUAUUUAUAUUUCUGUUGUACAUAGUUAUGGAGAUCCAGAUGUGAGAGUCAUGCACUAUAUGUAUUUAUAUAUCUCCACCCAUUUUAAUUAAAGGGCCAGAGAUCUUGUGUUACAACUGUGUUAUUUACAUCUGCUUUUGUUGUACUAUGGGGCCCAAAUUGCACAAUUUUGAGAUUACUGUAAAUAUUAAGCUAAUUAAAAUGAAAAUGUUAUUAUUUGGUUUGAAAAAUUGCAAAUGAUCUUCUCAUGCAGUAAUAGGAGACAAAUUAAAUAAAUCAUCAUAUAGAGUAAUACUGAGCCAUUAAAAAGACAAGCAGGUUCACAGUGUGUGAAAUGAGAGGCGAGAUACAGUGUUCUUAGAAACUCGUUUGUUUUUGUCAGACUUAAUAAAUGCACUAUGAAAAAGGUUGAGAUAGUAUUUAACAAAGUGCCAAUUAUUUUUACUUCUCAGGAAUAAGAUUCUAGUGACUUGCAUUUUAAGAUUUUGGCUUAACUUCAGUUUUAAAAUUUCUGCAAAAUGUAGAAUAUUUAUAGAAAAAAGUUAUUGAACUUAUGCAUUACCAAAAUAUUAAUUUGUUCUCUUAAGACUCACCCCAGUUGAGGCAUAAAAAUUCAGGGAAACCUAUGUCUUAUCCAUUUGUCUGCGGUCUCUGCAGGGUGCUUUUGGCGAGGCAGAGUGAUAAGACCACAUGGAGCCUGGAGCACCAGGACUAGGAUUCUCCAGGUCCUUUCUCCUUUUCUGUUUUACGUGGUUCCUUCUUUACUUUCUCUUUUCUACUUCAAACCUUCCAGGCUAAUGUUGCCAAUUGCUUCUGUUAUUAGUAGCUGACUCUCCCUGGUUGCUACUAUAUAGUGACUUUUUUCUUUUUUUUUUUUCCUUCCCUUUCCCCUUCACAUUAUUAGUGUUAGCAAAACACACAAAUCCUAGGUGUAAAGUUCAGUGAAUUUUUACAUGUGUCAGUAAUCGCGGAAUCACAGCCCCAUGAUGGCUGAUCACUCUUCUGAGUUCACUCAUUCCAGGUUAAUUUUACUUGUUCGUAGUACUCAACAUCAUUCUUCAGUGGGAGGAUCCAAAAAUUAAAAAUACUCCAUGUGCUAGAAUGACUAAAAUUUGGAACAUUGAUAAUACCAAAUGCUGGUGAAGGUAUAAGGCAACUGUGACUCUUUCAUACGCUGGAGUCGGGGAGGGGCGGUAUAAAAUGGGACAGCUACUCCGAAAACUUACGAUGUUUCUUGUGAAAUCCUAUACUGUGGGCUGACCCAGCCUUCUCUGUCCUAGGUUAUUUACCUAAGGAGAUAUGAAAAUAUAAGUCCACACAAAGAAUGUUCACUGCAGCUUUCUUUAUAGUAGUCCCAAGGUGGGAAAUUACAGUGAGUUCUUUUUCCUCAAACUUUUUACAACACACUAGAUUCCAUUUUUACUUUUAAGCUGGAUUAGCAGCAUGUCUAGGAGCCCUAGGACUAGGCAGUUCAUUUAUCUUAUACACAGACUUGAAAACUUCAUCAGUGUUACCGAAUAUGGUCUUUUCAUAUCUGUUUGACUCAUCUCAAUGAAAGAUCAUGUGGGGUGUUAGCGCUCAGAGGUUUGGAUUGCCAAGGGAAGGAGGAGUCCAGUAUACCGUGUGGAAACGCACUUGGCAAAGUCACUAGAAAACUUUUGGUUUUUGAGUCAUUGCAUUUAAGAUUCUGAAUCUAAAACCUAGUAGUUUUUAAUUUGCAGUAGAAACAAAAAGGAAACCAUUUGCUUUCUUUUUUGAGUGUGAUACUAAAAUAAAAUAAAAUGGAGCUACCCUGUGGACAUUAAGGAAGAUAAAGUGUUUAUUAAGUGUCUUCUGGAAGACGUGACAUCUGUAUGGAACACCUGCUGUCUUCAUUAUAUCUUUAAAUAAACUGUGUCUCUGGGGAUUCAGAGGCCCUUCUUUGGGCACACUGUGCUGUGACAAAGAAAUGUUAAACCUCAAGUAAUUUACUGUUGUACAGAGAAUGCUUUUUGGUGAGGAGAGAAAUAAGGCCUUCACUUAGAUAAUGCAGGUCCAAGAAAGCCCGCUUUAACAAACUUUGAGACUGUAACUUUAUCAGGAUGUGGCACAUUUGCUACCCCUUGGUUCCCCUAAUCAUUCACUAACUGUUAUGUUAAUGUUUUAGGUCACAUAAACAUUGCAUAUGUCAAGUAACAUGCAGGUAGUACUCCAUUGUGCAUAGGCAUAUAUGUGUAGUGGAACUAGGUUUCUUUGUGUACUCUGAGGAGGGGAUGUGAGUGGCUGCCAAGCAGGGCCUGUGUCAACAGCUUGUUCACGUUGUUACUGUCCUGCAUGCAGCAGGGACGAGUGGGUGGAAGUGAAAGCACCAGUGAAAGCUGUCCACCGAGUGCCUUUUAAAUCACUUGUCAUGUGGAUAGAUUACAAUCUAACCAAAAAUAAUUUCUAUAAGCAGUGACUGUGUAAAACCUUGUGGCUCCAGAAAAUGAUAUUUAAUCCGCAGUGUGGUUCAUCUUAUGAGCCCGAGGAAAAAAGUAACUUACCACUGAAUUUUCCUCUAUCGUAGAAUUUUUACAAGCCCAAGUCAGAACAUCUGUUUUUAGAUGUACGAAAUAAUGCUUUGUCCCCCUGAAGAUGCAAGUGUUACACAGUUUCCGUGCAUCCUGUGUUUCUCAGACCUUGACAUUAGACAAAGGGGACAUCAUCAUAGUUAAUGAGCAAUUAGGAUGUUCUUCCCUGUCAAUUAACUAGCAAAAUAGUGAGCCCAAAUUAGCACUGUCCUUUAAAAUACCAAGAUCCGUAUUUUCUUUAAAAAACAGAAAAGGAAAGAAAGUCGUUUUAUGCCCUUUGUAGUUACAGGGAUAGACAAACAACUACUUACUUUUUAAAAAAAUAAAUAACAUUGUACUUUCAGGAGAGAAAAGUGUACAAAUUGGAUAUCAUCUACUUUAAACUUAGAAUCAUGCAUUCUUUUCUCUCAAAUGUCAUAAUGACAUCUAACAUCUAUCACCUUGUCUUAAAAAUUUAUAGACAAACUAGGUUGUAAAUACUCUUUUUUGUAUGGAUGAGUGUAUGAACUCUUAAGUUUUGAGUAUGUAAGUAUUGAUUCUAAAUUUGAAUUAAUGAGUUCUAGACUAUGGCUUCUUUGUGGAUUUUGAUUUCACUUAAAUAUGAUGAGAAGCUCCUGAAAGACUGAAAUAGAAAUUGAGGGAAGCAGAGAAAAAUGGAUUAAGGCUAAGAGGAAGAUGGUCUGUUGGAGGAAUGAAAUGCGUUGUGGCUAUGUGUGUGUUGCCCUGCUGUCCAUCACUGACAAAAUACCUGAGAGAAAGAGUUUAUAUGGAGGAAGGUUUAUUUUGGCCUGUACUUUCAGAGGUUUCAGUCCCUGGUUGCUUGGCUCCAUUAUGCUGUGCUUAUGAUGAGGCAGCACAUCGUGGCAGGAAGCCCAUGGUGGAGCGAGACUGCUCGUGUCAUGAUGGCCUGGAGCAAUAAAUAAAUAAGAGGAAGGAGGGCUGCAAAAUACACCCUUAAAGAACACAUCCCACUAGCAUAUUUCUACCAGCCAGACCUUACCUCCUAAAGUUUCUACUGCUUUCCUGUAGCCCACUAAGCUAUGUGCCCAUCAGUGGGUUAAUUCAUUGGUAAAGAUCAGUACUUUUGUGAUCCAUUUGCCUUCCAAAGGUCCCAUCUCUGAGCACUGCUGUGUUGAGGAUCAGGCUCUCAAAACAUAGCUUCAGGGAACAUUUCAAGUCUAAACCAUGAUAGGCUGCCAUCUGCUUCUCAGGAACCAGAAUGGCAGGUUAUCAGGUUACAGAGAGAAAGCUCAGGUUAUAAGGGGCCAGUAUGCUGAGUCUCAAGGUUCUCACUUGAUCUCAAGCAUAGUAAAUGAGUGAGUUUAAAGUAGGGGAACAACAAGAUUAAAUAUGGAUUAUAAUAUUCACUACUAAGUGUUGGAGUAGUGAGGGUGGAAUUUAGGUGAGAUAUAGCAUGGGCACCGCUGUAAGUGACAUAAAUAUGAAUGUGUACAUAGGUGUAAACAUAACUGGAAAGCUGAUAAGUUAAUUAGGGGAAGAGCUGAAUUAGAGCUCAGAAUGUAUAUAAUUAAUGCAUGAUUUUUCCUUUUAUAUUACACUAUCAGAAAUAGCAGUACUGGUAAUUUCACAAAUAAUAAUUAGUUUGGGGCCGGGGAUAUAGCUCAGUGGCAUAGUGUCUGCCUGGCAAGCGCAAGGUUCUAAGUUCAAUUCCUAGCAAGUACAGAAAAAAAAUUAGUUUACUGGAGCUGCAAUUACAAAAUACAACAGACUGGGUAGAUAAAACAGUGGAAAUUUGUUUUCUUACUUCCCCAGAGCCUGGAAGUCCAAGACCAGGUGCAAACAAGUUUGGUCUUGAGGCUUCUCUGCUUGGCUUGUAGAUGGCCAUCUUUUCCCUGGGUCUUCAGAUAGUCGUUUCUCCUCUGUGGGCAAACCAGUUGUCUCCUGGGGAAAUUUCUUCUCCAGAUUGGGUUAGGACCCACUGUAAAUGGGGUGAGAUGGGUGGAUAGAAACAAAAUGAUUUCCUGAUUUAUCUCCAAGUUGAAGAAAAACCUUUAAGACCAUCUUACAUUACAUUCCAAUUCUUAUUAAAAUUUAUGCAAUUGAGAAAAUUUAAGAUAGCAUGUUUUUGCAUAUUCUAGUCUUUAGGCACAAGUCUUCCCUUAUGUAGAAUGUUAACAUAAUGCAAUGGAUUUUAAUGAUUAUUGUUUAUGAUGCUUUUAGUUUUUAAAAACAUGUUUCUUAUUGAAAAGGAAUGAAAAUUUUUUUCAUGUCUUAGUGAUUAAGAAAGUCACAGUUCCUGAGAGUACCCACGAGAGAUGGUUAUAACCUGAGGAUAUAGCUGUGCUGUUUAAGUAGAACUCAGCUGACACUUUUGGAAAUUGUUCAGAAAUAUUCAUCUAAGCCAUGUGGCAAAUGUUUGGCCCUGUGUGAGUCUUGCAGAGUUCUCAUUAAUAUAGUUAUUUCUGGGAUUGUGACUCUGAAGCCUUAGAAAUAGCUGCCCCGACUGCCUGGGCACUCUGCAUUAUUGACCAGGAGUCGCCUGACUGUCACUCCUGAGCGUGUCCUGGGAUGUAUGUAUAGUAUAAUAUUCCCCACCCAAAGCUGUUUCUACCCUGUCACCAGGAUUAGUGCAUUUUCUGAUGCCAAAAACACAGUUCAUCAUAGAGGGUGAGUUAUUAAAAAAAAAUAGUUAUUUUGGCUCAUUGUUCAAAUACUGAUGUGACACAGGGCAACACGGGACAAGAAACAAGGAGUACACAUGUGUGUGUCUCUUCUCUCCUGUCUCUUGUAAAGCCACCAGGAUUUAACUGUGGGAGUGAUGCCCCAAUGAAUUUAACACUAAUCACUUCCCAAAGACUCUCACCCUAAACACCAUAUUAAGUUUCCACCUUCUUGAUACCUUAAGUGGGGAUUAAAUUCCAAUAUUUGAAGCCUUUGGGAUACAUUAUAACCAUAUCCAAACUAUGGCAUCAUCUAAAUUUAUUUUAAGCAUAGUAUUCAAUCAAAAACAUAAACUUAGUUAUUCCAGAAGCAGUAAUACAUAUUCUAACCUUAAAUAUUCCCCCAGGUAUCUCAGAGAUUAUCUGGCUUUUACAGGAAGCAUUUUGUUUUGAGAGAUAUCUGAUAAGCAACUGCAGUGCAGAUGGCAUAAUGUGUCCUUUAAGAUCUUUUAAAAUAAGAUUUAAUGUAUUGUUGAGACACAAAUGAUAAAAGCGAAAAGUUGUUGGAAGACUUCAGAGAAGGCAUGUCUGCCGUUUUAUGUUUAAUGUCAAGGUUGCUCUUACUACUUCUCUUGCCUUUGUGUGAGGGAGGGACAGGUAACUUGUGCCAUCUUCUUCCAGUGUGGCCCCUAGAAUAGAAGGCGGAGGGAGCAUAAAUAGACCUUCCAUCCUUUCUGGGUGCUCAUAGCUUGCUUUCCUGUAACGGCGAUUGCUGGAGUCCCCACUCACUGCCAGAUGCUGGGCUGAGGAACAGUGACAGUAAACGCAGCAGGGUCCAUGUCUGAAGGGCAUGCCAAGAGUAGAGAAACAGACAAGAAACAAGGCAGAGAGAGACACGCAGAGCCAGGCAGAUGCAGGUGGGCAGAACUAAUUAUAGUUUGAAGGCAGCGCUGUGAAGAAAAAGUCAAUAUGGUAUAGAAAAAGUGAUGGGUUGAGGGAAGGGACUGGGAUCAGAUCACCAAAGGCCUUUCUGGGGAGGUGCUUCUUAAUGUUUGAGAAGUGAAAGAUGAGUAAAAGAGGCAGGCUCUGAAGGGAAGAACAUGUCCAUGCGUGUCCACAUACAUCUGGCAGGAUGUCCAUGCUUGUCCACGUAUAUCUGGCGGGUGGGUGCAACACCGGGAGGCUUGUUCACCGGCAGGCAUUUGCUGUCCACUGUCAUGCAGAUCGGGUGCUGUGGGUCUGUUCCAGGGAACAGAAAGCAGGGCGAAGUUGCCAGACUGAGAGUGAAGCAGGAGACGGGGGCCAAGAACGGAGGCGGCCUGGGGAGCCCAAGAGGAUCACAUGGCCCAGCGAGCUCUUCUUUUAGAUGUCUGCUUGCAUCUGCGCUGCCCCUGAGGGCCUCAGCAAGAUGUUGCUGGUAGCAGUGGGAGGGAGAGACAGGAUCCCUAUUUGUACAGCCUUCCCAGUCACCCAUCAGGAGAAAGCGUGCAUUUGGCUUGCAGGAACCUGGAGUCACAUAAGGUGUCAGGGCAUUAAUCAGAACGUUAGUUUACUGUGAAACGUUGUGUAGUGUAUUGCUCGUUAGGGAUUUUUACAUUCUCUGCAACAGUGUAUGAGAGUUUGGGUCCUCCCCAACACUCAACAUGGUCAGUCUUUUUAAUUUCACCCAAUCAAAUAGGUGUAUAAUACUCUUUCUCUCUGAUUUUCAUUUCAAUAUACCCAAUGAAUAAUAUAGCUCAUGUUUAUAAGGCUGUCACUUUAGCAUUAUUUAUUUCCAAGCUACUCUGUAUAUUAAGGAGUUUAAGUGAUACAUACUAAUUGGAACAUUUCCAACAUGUCUUUGGAAAUGCCAGUGGAUUUCCCAUUAUCUUAUGUUUAGCAGGCAUUGUUUUGAAAGGAUCCUGAACAUCCUCCCACUAGAUUUUCUUUUUAUAUAUUAGAUUAUUUAGUGCUAUUGAAUUUUGGCUAGAUUGAUUUUUAAGGUAUUGAUUUUCAAGACAGAAUUAGUGAUCAUCAAACUUCCAUUUCAUGAGCUAUCUAGUUAAUUAUACAGAAGCAGAUUUUUGCUUGAAGUCAGCCCUAAUCCUGACAGCUUGCUGUAUUCAGAAUCCAAGGUCUGAGUUGGAGGGACCUCAGCAGGUGCUCUGUCGGGACCUUCUGACUGCUCCUGCAGCCUUCAUGAGGGGUCCAUCUUCCUACUGCCAGAACUAGGAGUCUCUGGAAGGACCGUCUAAAUAAAACAAUAAUUCUAUUGUUUGUAGGCCAUUGCCAGGUUGUUACUGAAGGGAAUUAAAACUGAAAUUACUUGAUUAAACUGAUUUUAAUUUAAAAUUGUUUUAUGCUAUCUUAUGAUAGUUACCAGGUGAGAUGCAGCCAGCCAGAAUGAGCUCUGCAUUUGAUUACCGUGUUUUAAGCCACAUGUCAAUGGGAGAAAAAGUAGACAGGAAGAGCUUUGAAUCUGUGUCCCUAGAGUCUGUGAGGAAACCUUUUGCAACCUUCCUUUCACAUCUGCACUGUGUGGGCCUUGCAAGAGUCAGACCCAAGUUCAAAUGUCAGUCUUUCUAUCUCUUUGUCUCUUCUGUCUCUGUCCCAUCUCUGUCUCUGCCUCCGUCUCAGUCUCAGUCUCUGUGUGUCUGUCUCUCUGUCCUACCUCUCCUUCACAGGUGCAUGAGGAAAUAAAGGGUUCCUGAAGAUUCGGGGGGUAGAAAGUCUUCCCUUCCUCCUGGGGCAGCUGGGAUGUCCUGUCUUAACAGCAGAAGGAGGGCACUCAACACAUUUCUUCUUGCCCCUUCACUUACCUCUCUCCUCCGUGUGAUUUCUCUCUUCCUGUGCUGUAGGUCAUCUGCCAAUGCUUUCUUUUUGCUUCUAUUUCAAUCAUUUGGGGAGAUUUCUUCAAAAACAGGUAAUAGUGGUAAUGAAUACUUCAGCACUAAUAUUUAUCAAUCCCCUUUUAUGUACGAGGUGUAGCAAGAACAUUUAAUGCUUGUAAAUCCAUCCACCAUCAAGCUAAUUAACGUACCCAUCACCUUCAGUCAUGUGUGUACUUUUUUUCCUUUACUUUUCACAAGGACCCAUGAAGUAGGAGGCAGCUGAGGCUUAGAAGAAAUAAAAUGAGGGAUGGAGUUGAGGUGUGAGUACAGGUCUCACCAACCUUUAGAGGUUUUUUUUUUUUUUCUUUUUCAUUUUCACUCUGUGCAUUAUUGCAGAGCUCUAAAAAAACUCCCUUCUCUGUUUCACUUCUAUCCCAGAUAGCAGUGAUUAUGAAAACAGUGACAGCUGGCACAUACCUUGUACAAUUUGCACAUAUUAACUAGUGUAAGGUUCACCACAACACUUUACAAGUUCUGUGCUAUUCCUGUUUUUCAGAAGAGGGACAAAAGGCUAAGUAAUUUGUUCACUUACCCCAGGUUACUUCAAGUUAAAAUCGGUGUUCAAACUCUGCUUUUUGAUCCCCAAGCCCACUUUUCUUUAUCACAUCAGAAGCUGUCAAAGAUUUUUCAGUCCAUUUUGGGCUAGAGAGGACAUGGGAAUUCCCUUCUGGUCAACUUAAACUCUUUCCAGUUUUCCAGUAACCUACAAAAUUCUCCCUUUUCUGUGCUGCAGUCCUUGUAAAGUAGUUAUAUAUUGGGUAUUUCAUCCCACAGCUGAACUGAGACUAAUGCUAAGCAAGGAAGAACAAACAGUGAAUUCAUUAACUAGGAAUCUAUUUACAAUCAAUUCCCAGGGCUCUGUGCACUCAGUGCUUCUUAGAGAUGCUAAUAAAUGAGUCUUUGCAUUUUUCCAAGUGUCUUCAUAUUUACAAGUCUCAUAUUUUACCAUAGGAAGUAGCUUCAACAAGCAUAUUCAUGUGUUGACAGUUCUAAUUAAUACAAGUCAUUAGGCCUGACAGUAGAACUGUGAAAAGAAGUCUCAUUCAUAAAUUUGUUAAUUGUUACUCUGCAUAGAAUUUAACUGCAGGCUAGUCUUUAAUCACUUCUAUAUAUGGGCAAAAGGCCAUUUUACUAAGCACCACAGACUUUCAUGCUUACUUCUGAUAAGGGAAUUUUAUCAGAAUUGAUCAGUGGUUGGAAUUUAUUUUUCUGGUAUGCAGGAACUGGUGAAAUCAGAAAUAGUUAUCUUUCUAGACAGGAAUAAACAAGAGAAUGGGAAAAACCAGGCAAGGGAAGAAUAAGGGGAAAGAAAGGUAUUGAUGUCUGCCAUAUGUGUUCCUGUAUAGCUAGUAGUAGUACUUUUUGUGCACUCAUUUUUGAUACCUUUUUUGAAAUAAGAAGUCAUUUGUUUAGAUUAUUAGUAGAUAUAUGAAGACAGUUGGUUGCUUUGAUUCAAAGUCAAGCCAUGUUCUCUCUGAUGUAAAUAACGUUACUUUCCAAAUGCUUUUGAGCUGGGUAAUUCCCUGUGGGGUUUGUGAGAGGUGUAUGAAUUGCAGCAGCCCUGGCUUCUCCCCACAAGGUGCCAGCACACCCUUCCUCCAAUUGGUGUCAGCCAAAAGUGUCUCGAGCAUUGCCAGCCACUUUCUGGAGACUCCUGGUUGAGCACCUGCUGUGCUAGAGAGUAAUUUAAGACUAAAACUUAGUAAGUGAGGUAAAACUUGUACGGGACAUAUAUUUAGACGUAGUUAAGUGACACAGCAUCCAGAUUGGGAAUGGAAUCUGUUGCACUGUAGCCAUUCCAUCAUACUUGUUCAAUCUCAAAUGCUCUUUGGUCCUCUUUUAUAAAAAAUAGGGCAGUGCUUAGGAGUCUGAUACAUGGGGCCUUCAUUCUUGGCCAUCAUUUUUGAGGUUGUAACUACUCUUAGGUGAUCCAAAGUUCCAAAUAAUCAACUGCAAGUGCUCUUUGCCCCCCUUCCCAGUCCAGGGGUUCUUUUUCUCUCACCUUGCUUUCCUUCCUUUCCUACUUAAAUUUCUAGUCCGUUGUUUUAGUUAUCUGUAGGUAUGCAGAAGGACAGAGAUAAAUAAAUAGAUAUUGAUGCAUCUUUUAUCUCAAUUGAGUGAGCUCAGAUACCGGGUUUCUUGGACCCUGAAUGUAGCAGUUGAGCCCAAAUAGAGAACAUGAUUUAACCAGCAGACUAAGCCUAUUUUAAGUACAUGUGAACAUCUCGACCAUCCUAGACCUCGCGUCUGGCAGGCAAUGACUUCAGCCUUCCCUAGUGAAAACUACAUCCUACACAUACUAUACUUACUCCGUAUUUAAGUGUUCCUUACCAGCGCUUGAGCAGGGAGGUUUGCUGCCCCUUACCAAAAACUAAUCUUAUUCCAGUCCUACCUUACUAGAAAAAUACUUUAUUAUUGAUUACCCACUGCUACUUUAUGUCUUGAGGGAGAGCGACCCCAGUUAUCCACAGCUUAUCAGUUAUCAGUGCUUUCCUAUUUGCAAUCGUCUUUCAUCAAAGAGCUGUCUUCAUGUCGUUCCUUCUUCACCUUUGAAUCUUGCAUCCACUGUGCCAGUGCUGUUGCUGACCCUGGUACUCUGCUCCACCCAUUCUGGCUAAGUCCUGCUAUGGCCUCAGUGUCCCUGUGGCCUGUGGUCACUAUGCUUCCCCAGACUGACACAGCCCUGGCGACCUACUCCCUCCCGUGACCUGCCUUUCCUCCCUCUGUUCCCAGUGCCGUGCUUUCCCCUGGCUUUCCUGCUGUUGCUUUGCCCUCCUCUUUCCUCGUUCUCUUUUUGCAGGCUUGCUGCCCUCUACCUGUGAAUACCAGCUCUUCUAAUAACAGAAUUCUAGGUCCUCACUUAUUCUCCCAAGGCUUUUGAUACUAUUUAUAUGCCAGCAACUUCCACAUUUAUCUCCUCAGCCCAGAUCUCUUUUUGGCUUCUAAAAUUAUACAUAAACCUACUCAAGGACAUCUCAAUUGCAGUCUGUGUGAAACUGAAUUUGUAAUUCUUUUCCAGCUCCCCAACUCUUCCCUUCCUCAUCGAUUGUUGUCUCCUGGGUAUAAAACCAAGUCAUCUUGAUGUUUCUUUAGAGUAUGUCUCCAGUCCUUCCUUCCCGUUCUUUCCACCUCCUCUAGUCAAAUGAGCCUACAUAAAAAACCACUUUGUUAUGUAUAACUAGAAGACAGGAGAUGAGGUUACGGCAAGGUACAAAACCAGGUCACAUAGUCUUAGUCUGAUCUGAGGACAUUGAUUUUUCUAAGUGAGAUGAGAGCUCGUACAGGGUUUUGAGCAGAGGUGUAGCAUAAUCUAACAGAACCUUUAGAGGUAUCACUGGCUGAUGUGUGAAAUGAUCUGUGGGGCGCAUGGUGGGUUGAAAACUGUUCUCAGAAGAUAGGCCUACCUAGAAUCUGACAAGGUGGCUUUAUUUGGAGCAAAACUCUUUGCUGAUGUAAUCAAGGAUCUGAAAGUGAGAUCAUUUAGGAUUAGAGUUGGUCCUUAAUCCAGGUAUCCUGAUAAGAGAUAGAAGAGAAGACACACCUAUCGGGAGCAUGGUCAUAAGCCAAGGAACACUGAACGUGCCAGGAGCCACCGAAGCAAGAGAGUGGCCUGAAAUGGUUUCUUCUUGAGUCAUCAGAAGAAUCCAGCCCUGCCAACACCUUGACUUUGAACUUCUGGCUUCCAAAAAUGUUAGAAAUUAGUUGCAGUUGUUUUAAACCACCUGGUUGGUGAUAACUUGUUACAGCAUCCCUAAGAAGGGCUACAGGCUGCAAAGGCAGAAGCACAAAGACCAAGCAGCAGUUCCUUGCUGUCGUCAGGCAAGUGACAGCUGUGGCUCCCACUCGGGUGGUCAGCACUGGAGCAGGUGCAAAGGAGUCAGUUUCUCAAUAAGCAGGGCAAAAGAUUUUUUUUUUUUUUUGAAUAAGUGUGGUUGUAAGAAAAAGGAAAGUAGAAAAUGCCUAAGGUUUUGGCCAAGGCCCCUAGAUAGUUGGAGUCUCUAUUAAUGGCACAUAGGGAUAGAGCAGGUUUGGAGUUGUAUGUAGUAAGAGGCUUAUUAGAGUUUCCUGUGCAAGGGGCCAGCUAUGAGGUCAAGCGGGAGAUAUGGUCUAGAGAUACAUACGGUUGUAAUUCAUUGGCAUGGCAUAAACGGUAUUUAAAUUCAUGAGAGUGUAUGAAAGCCCUAAGGGGAGUGGGUAUAGAUAGAGAAGGAAAUCUAGGGCUGAGUAUCUAUACCUGAAUCAUUAACCUGUUAGAGAAAAAAGAAAAUAUUAGUGAACCAGAGUGAGAAAACUGAGAAGAGGAUGUGGGUUUCAGAAGACAAGCAUCAUUUUUCCAGGAGGAAGUAGUUAGCUGUGCCAAAUGCCCCCUUCCUAUAGACUAGCAAGAUACAGACUUAUCUUACUGGGUGUUGAUUAGUGGAUUUAGCAUUGUAGAACUGAGCUUUAAACCUUGACAAGAGGCAUUUCAGGAAAUAGGCUGUUAUUGAUUCAGUGUGGACUUUCUGCUUUUGUCUCUUGAUCUAUCAUAGUUAAAAACAGGUGCUGUAUACUUUGAGGCUCUGCGUUUCUUAAUCUCUUUCACCUCUAAAUCUGUUAAAGAAAAAAAGAUAUGAAACAUGAUAGCCAGUGUUGGCCAUAGUCUCAGAGCUUUAAUUAGGAGAGUAAUUUACCAGCAGUAAAUAAGUAAAUCCCUGAUACUGCUCAUCCUGGAACUACAGAUUGUUGCCCAGCUGAGCAGCAGAAAAUGUGCAAGUAAUGCUCUUCAAUAUGAAAUCGCUGUUUUGUUCGGCCUAUGCCACGUAGGGACUGUUUGUGGAAGGGGCACCCUAGGCAUCCUCCUUGGUAGCGCUAGUGCAGCACUGGCCACCAGAACUUUCUACAGUGAUGAGCAUGUUCCACUUCUCCAUUGUAUGACACUCUAGCCACCAGCCACAAGGGCCAAGCAAUGGAAUGGUGUUUAGUACAACUGAGGAACUGGUUUUACAUACUUUAAGUCAUUCAAAUUUAAAGAAUCAUUGUAUAGUGCAGAACUAGAGCACUACUUCUAAAAGUUCAUUGUAAAUGUAAAUUUGGGUCCCUCAGCCCAGACCUAUUGAACCAGAAACUCUGAAGGUGAAACCAGAAUCCUGGGUUUGAGAAGUUUUGCAGGUGAUCCUUCGUGUCCACUCAACUUUGGGAACUGUGGCUGGAGUCCCACCUCCAAACCUUCCUUGUUGAGUGGAUCUGGGUGAGGUAUAGGAAUUGCUUUUCUAACAGAUUACCAGAUAGUGCUGAGAUGCUGGUGUGGGUGUGGCUAUAUGAACUGAUGGAUGAUACUCUCCUUUGUGAGGUGGUGAGGUGGCCCUAAAUCCCCAUGAGUGCAUUGCAUAAAUAUUUCCUAACGAGUAUUUUAGCUCAGCAUCCCCUCUAAAAGUACUCUCCAUACUUCAUGAAAAUUUUUCUAUGUUACUUGAUGAUUUGAUAAUACAUUGUACCUGACUCAUAGAAGGGCUUUUAAAUAUUUGUUGAAUUCAUAGAUUUGUAUAAUUUAACCUGAUUAAGUGAUGUCAAAGUUGAUAAUUCUUAUACUACCCAUAAUUUUCUACAUGUGUUUUUUUUUAAGUAUCUGUAAUAACUUACUAGCCUUUUACUCUUCUGAUCCAUAAUAUUGGUUCAGAAUAUUGGUCUUCCUGUUUCUGUCUUUGCUACCUGUAUCCAUUCCUAGGGAUGCCAUGACAAAUUAUCUCAAACUGGGUGGUUUAAAACAACAAAAGCAAAUUUCUAAUAAUUUUGGAAGCCAGAAGUUCAAAAGUAAAGUAUUGGUAGGGUUUGAUCCUUCUGAUCAAUUUAUUUAGCAGUCAUUGUUGAAAUAAUGCUUUACUCUGUAGCUUGAUACACGUGUUGUAAUGGCAGAAGAACAUUUCCUGAAUAGAGAUGAAUACAGCAGCCCCUAGAGGCUUUUGGAGAUGUGACUGUGGAUGUCACACUGACAGGCGUUGAGGCUAAAGGUGAUCAAUCAUCAUUCAUGGAUGGGACUCAGGAGUGUUUAGGGUUCUACAUGCAUAGCAGUGUCCCGUGCAAUGAAGAAAAACAGUAACUUGUUUUGGGUGACAGUAAUACUGUACCUCCUUAGUGAAAUUACCUCAGAAGCGGUGACUAACCUUUACUAGUUACAUUUCUCCAUGAGCAUUUUGUAUUAGCUUUACUUAGCUCCUGAGAGGGUGAGACACACCCCUGUCUUGCCCUUCAUAUAAAAUUCUUCCAUCAAAUAACGUCAGAUAUAAGAGACAGUGUUGUGUGGUUCGUAACAUCUGAGCCGAGUUUGCCUGCAAAGUUACAGUACCAACAAUAAAGUAGAAGUGGAAUAAACAUUAGGUAAACCCUUAAGAACGCAAAAGAGCCAUUACCUGAUGUAUUAGUCAAGAUCCAACCAGGAAACAGAGCUAGUGGGAGAUACAUGUUGAGUUGAUGCAAGGAGCUGGCUUAUGCAGUUACGGGGGGCUGACUGUGCAAGUUCAAAGGGCAGAAUAGAUGGGCCAGAAUUCCCAAAUGUGGCUGAGCUGCAGUCCGAGGUCAGAAAUUCUUCAGGGAAACCUUGACUCUGCUCCCAAGGCCAUUUAAUUGUUUGACGAGGCCACUCAGAUUGUCUAAAAUAAUUGGCCUUAAGAUCAGCUGAUUAUGAACUCUCAUCACAUCCCUCAGAUACUUUCAUAGCAGCACCAUAAUUAGUAUUUCAUUGAAUAGUUGAGGGCUGUAGCUUAGUCCCAUUGGCAUGUAAAAAACACUAUCAUAGUUGGAGACUGAAUGUUCAAGGAUUAUACAUUGAAAGACAUGGCUUUUGUUCUGGUCCUGGAAGAAUGGAAUAUUCCUAAGUGGGGAGCAGGCAUUGUAGGGAGCAUGGCUACUAAAAAUUACCCGAUACAAACAGGAAGAAAUGCCAAGGCAGAUAAGUACUCUAGGUAUCUGCAGAAUGGCUGGUUUUUUGGUAUGGACUUUUUCUGAAACUCAGAUUUUCUCAUCUAAAGAACAGGUUCAGCACUUCUCAGAAUUGUAUGCUCAGACAGACUGAAAUAUUUAUGGGCACCUUCUGGAAGGAGUACAUCCAAAACUACUGAGAUAUUUUACAGUAGUGUGUAGUAUAGUAUUAGUGAGAGCAUGAAGUUGAGGUGACAGGAAGAAAGAGGCUGGCAGGUUAAAUGGAGCCUUUUUUAUUGUGAGCUUUGUCUAAAAUUUGUAUCUCUGACUACAAAAAGAAUGUUGCACUCUUCAGAUCAGUUCCUAAUGGAGUUUUAAAAAUAUACAACAGAGCAACCCUGUGUAUGAAGCUGUUGGGAAGGUGCAGUAGCCAUUUGUUCUGGACUUGAGAUAUUACAAUCUUUUUUAUAAAAGUAAACUCUGUUUCUGAUGCUUGAGGUAUUGGAGGUGAGGAAGAGUCUUUUAUUAUAAACAUAUUGAAUACUUUGCCUAAAUAGGAGAAGAGUGCGAAACCAUUUCCAAGGAAGCCUUCCAACUUUCUUAGGUAAUAGAUGCUGUAGCCAAUCGACAGUGAAGAAAGCACCAGAAAGGGGGUGCCAGCAGGAGUAUGAUUUGACAGAAUUUCUUUCUUUUUCAGAGCUCUGCUCUUCAAACCAAGCUCACUUUGCCAAGCAAAGACUCCCCCCAAUUUUUUUAAAGCCAUAUGUAUUUUGAAGGAAAUAUAAUCCAUAUGUUCCUAAAUCACUUUAUGCCUAAGUCAUUAAGAAGUUAUUUUGUAAAUAUGAUUUCAUGUUUGAAAUCUUUUCAAAGUAUUUUUAGUAGUAUUCUUUGCCAUGCUAAGCUUUUGUUUUCUCAUUUUAUUUAAACACACUAUGUAUCAUCUUAACACAUCCUGUGGUGAGGCACAAAGGAAAUGGUGAACCCAGAAGGAGGUCUAGCUCUGGAGUAACACAUUUGAAGCAGUCGGUUUCUGUUUGCAGAAAUUUAUAACUCACCCCUCUUCAAUUCUGUAAGCUAUGUCCUGGCUGACUUUUCAUGUGUCCGUAUCACCACCCUGUCCUCUCAUGGUUGUCCCCCAAAUGGGUGGCCGUGGGGCAGAGUGGGGAAGAGAGAGAGGACAGAAGCUGCAGUCAGAUCGGCUCAGAGGGCAUAUUUCUAUGCUGUGCUAUAAAUCGUGUCUUUUUAAAACUUUAUUUUCUCCUUUUAGCUACUACCGUUAUCAGCUUAGAGGAUUAAAGCCUUUCAUAAAAUGUCUACAAGAGACAUUAAAAUUGAAUUUAUGAAUAGUCACCAAUUUCUUAUUCAUAGGACAAAUAAAAGGUAGUUUCUCCUUUAGAUUGGUACUAUCUGAAAAAGUUUUAUUUUUAACUAAAGUAAGUGUAUUUUUAAAAUCCCAAAUUAAAAAAAAAAUACAUUGUGAAUGUUAAUGCUCAUCAUCAACUUCCUUGCAUUAAGAAAUUUCGAAUGGGAAGGGGAGCUGGGAGUGGGGGAGAAAAAAAUGACAAGAAAAGUAGGAAAAAAUGGAAACAAAGCUUCUGUAAAUAUGGAAAGGAAGAGGGGCUGAAAGGAGGGGAGAGAGAUGGGAAAAAGAAAGAAUCAAGUUGUAUCACAUACAGAUACAAAGUCUUUAUAAUCAGUGUGAUUAUUUAUACCUAAAAUGUACCAAUAAACUUAAUUUUAAAAAGAGAGAAAUGCCCAGUAGAUUAGUAAAGCAUGGUCCUGGGUGGGUCCCAGAGGCCUGGCCUUGGGGUCCCUGUCUGGUCCCUCCUGCUGUCGACAGCACACUGUCCUCUCCUUGCUUCCUGGCUGCCAGGCCCUGAGCAUUUUGCUCAUCAGCAUCGCUCCCCCACAGUGUUCCUGCUUUGGACCAGCCAGUGUGACGCUGAGCAGUUAAGGCUUCCCCCCUCGAAGCUGUGGGUGUUGAGUAUUGCAUCUGGCGGUAGUGCUGACUAGUGAAUACACCUGUCUGUUUGGUGUCUCGUGGUGCAGACAGGUUUUAGCAACGUGUGAAGUACCUGGUUUGUGUGAGUUUGCCCAUCAGGGACCUCUUUCUGCCAUGGAAGGCAGCACAGCAGUCUCAUGUUAGGCUCUUGUGAAGAUUGGUUUCAGCAUGAAAGAAUGAGCAGCAGUAACCUCCAUGAUUUAAACAGCCAACACUUUCAUUUUUCAUCCCUGCCAGCCUGUGAAACAUUUCUUCAUCUACUUCUUAUUCGGUCCUCAAAACUUCCUGGACGGCUAUUUUCCUGGGGUUUGUUAUUGUUGUUCAUUUUCGUUAGAAAGUUAAGGCUCAGGGAUACUACCUUCUUGGACGUGUCACAAGGCCACUGUUGCUGUGGGUGUUUCUCUGUCUCCACUACACUAUUGGCUCCACAGAGCAGGGAUGUUCUGUCCGUCAGGUGGAGACAUUUGAGGGUGCUUGUGGACUUCUGCUUUUGGAAGCCCACUCCAUAUCACAUCAAGUGGAUUAAAACAUGUACUGCCUUGUCCACAGUAUAAAUAUGUAAGUGUAUGUCAAAUAUGUAUCAUAGGCGUGUAUUAAAAAAGCAAGAGGAUCAAAAAAAAAAAGCAAGAGGAUCAAGAGAUGGGUACAGGGGAGAGGGUAGGGGAAGGGAAAGGGAUGAAAAAAGGAAUAUAGUACAUGUACCACCUCCCCACAACAUAUACUUCACACAAGUACUGAUAAACAAAAAAAGGGUUAUGAUAGAACUUUACAUAUGCAUUUAACCACUGUCUUGGUUAUGUUUCUCUCAUUCCUGAGACAAAAUACCCAACACCCAAAGUAAAGAAGGAAAGGUUUGUUUAGCUUACAGUUUGUGGAGGUGUCAGUCCAUACUUAGCUAGCUCCAAGGCAGGUUGGCAUGGCUAAGGGGCAACCAUUCAUGGCAGCCACAAGCGACAAGAACUAAGGGACACAAAGUGUACAAGGGAAAACCAUGCCUCCUUCCCUCCUCUAUAUCGUAUGCCUGCGCCCCCUCCCCCGUGGGUGCAGCACUCACACCACCCAUCCCAGCGCUAGACAGUGCUAGAUUCAGCUGCCUUCAAAAGGCCCAUCCCCAUGACUACAUGAAUCUUUGGGGGACAUCCAGAUAUAAACCAUAACAACUGCUUUCAAUUUUAUAGCUGCUUUUUCAUUUUGAAGCCAGUUAAUUGUGCUGAGGUCUCAAGCAUUUUCACAGGGCUUCCAAAAACUCCUACUCUGUCAGCGCUGCUUCUCCAUGGAAAAGGCUACCUCUGCUCCUUCGUUCACUCCUGUAUCCCUCUCCUCUAUGACAGAGCUCAGGAAAGGGCUCUCUAAAUAUUUGUUCAUGAACAACUUUGUGAGUGCAGAAAUGAGUAAACAAAUAAAUGAACAACAAUGCAGUGUGUUGCAAAGUCUUGCAUUAAAACCCAGCUCCCCCCUUGUUGAUUAUGCCUUUCACACUACUGUUGGUGAAGCUAAAGUGACACUGUGUGAACUGUGUUCAGCAUGUAUUUCUCACAUCCGUCACUUUAUUCUUUUCCAGCGCAGUUU